AUGGCUAGUAUUUACACACAACAACCAAUUAUAAUAAUGAUGCUUGAAUUCAUAUCUAUAGAAAUUAUUUGGCUAGUAUCUGAAAAUAUUUGGAUUGAUUUGGGACAAGAUGCAGAAUUAUCACAUUAUGCACCACCAGCUCUUAUUUUUUGGUGCUUAGAAAAAAUAUCACAUUUAAGCUUCAAAGAUUGGUCAACAUUCAUGAAACUUGCAUUACUAGAGGGUUAUUUUGGAAUUGUAUCUUUAGCAAGUCAUCGAUUAAUUCUUACAAUUGCACUGAUAUUAUAUCAGAUACCACAUAGUUUAGCUGUAGCAGCUUCAAACAGGGUUGGUAAUUUAUUGGGUGCCGGUCUACCAAAUAGAGCGACAAUAGCUACAAAUACUUCACUUAUACUUGCUGUCAUGAGUGCCACAUGCAAUGCAAUG